CCUGAAUGUGAUGCUGCAGACGUGAGUGGUGCGCCACCUAGCGCUCACCAUGAUAGUUCCUCUUACUGGGCUUUCAAAAAGUGUAACUAGACUGGGGGUUUAUACGAGAGGCGACAAAAUCUACAGUUUAUUAUCGUGUGAGAAAGUGUCUGUAAUAACAAUACAGCACAAUAUGACUGGAUUUAACGUGAGUAAGUUAGGACAAGAAGUGUGAAAUACUGUUGUUAUGCGCAUGCGUAGCGUCUCUAUCCUUAAUUUAACUAUAAUGUCAAGCUAAUAAACCCGUUACCCGUGGGUUCGUCAACAUUAAGUGUUUAGACAGCUGUCAAUAGUCGGACUGAAUACGGUUUACGUAAAUAAGGCUGAGGAACAUUCGUAGUUUAGCCUGUAGUCUGUAGAACUACAUUUCCCUGUUUUCUCUCGGCUGUCCUGUGAUACGGCAUGUCGUAAAAACUCAGUUAACAACAGCUAAACCGAGAUGGACACCACCAAAGACGCCUGACAGUUUCUGUUUUUAUCCUUAUUUGUUCUCUGAAAUGUUUUUGUAGCGACUCCACGUCUCAGCGUACAGUCUCGGUUGUGAACAUGGAGGCCAUGGAAGAUGACGGUGGGAACAUAAAAGACGACCAUAACCACAACUAUUGUGCGAGCAGCAGCAGCAGCAAAGUCCGCACGUAUCUGAGCAGCCAGCUGUCGGAUGCAGCGGCGGUCCCGCAGCCCGUCUGUCUACCGGUGCCGGGAGGAGAACCGGCGAGUCGACGGGGUAAAGUGUGGUCUGGGAGCUCCGGAGGGUCAAAGUUCAUGGACUCGGAUUCAGGCAGCGAGAGCAGCGAAGUGAGCGAGACGGACUGCACGGCUCCGUCAGCCGCGGUCGAAGGAAAAUUCACCCUCGAUUCUACUUCCAAGUUCCUUCUGAAUGCAAUGGCUGUAGAAGACUACCGGAAAAACCACUGGCCAAACCUGGAGAAGGCUAUUGACCGCCUGCUGAUUCAGAAUCCCACAGACCACAUCUCUGUUUCUUAUGCACAGAUAUACAGUUACGUCUACAAGUGUGUUUGUCAGCAGCACUCUGAGCUGCUCUACAGUGAUUUAACGUUAAAAAUUAUAAGCCAUCUGCAGCAGGUUUCCACCCAUCUACAAGCCAGUCCACCUGAGAACUUCAUUGAAAACUUCAAUGUUGCACUGACGCAAUACACAGCGUCUCUUCAAUGUAUAGUUCCUGUAUUCAUGUACUUGAACAAGUUCUACAUCGAGUCAAAGCUGAACAGAGACCUGAGAGAGGAUCUGAUGAAGCUGUUUGCUGAUCACGUUGCAGAGAAACAUGUGAACACACUGAUGCCUCUUCUCAUCAAAGCUCAUUCCAUGCCCUUCCAAGUGCAGCCAUCUACAAUGGCAAGUGUUGUUAAAGGACUCUACAGCCUCCGACCAGAGUGGGCCCAGUUAGCCCCGGCUCUCUUCUCUGGGUUUAUUCCCCAAAUCAACCCUCCUGCUGUGGAGUCUCUGCUACCUGACUAUGCCGCUCACGACCAGAAGUUACAGAUGGAGCUCUCCAUGAACGGAUUUCCACGAGGUGACCAGUCUCGUAAACGGGCCAGCGAAGACUCCUGAUAGCAGAGCCAUCACCGCCGUUACCAGACCCCAUUGCAGAACUAUUACUGUGCCUCCCACAUCUUUAUCACAAAGUUGGCUCACCGCACUAGGUACAAUGUUGGCGAUAUGUCAGUUUCAUCUCCCUCGACCCAAGGUCACAAAACACUGUGAACAACAAAGAGAACCGGUUGUUGGGCAGAAGCUUACUCUCACUGCACUAAAAAAGCACAGACUUUCAUUACGGUGCUUUCCUCUGUGCUUCAGUAUUUGUGGGAUGCUUCUGCGUGCGCUGAGAUGAUUUCCUUCACGUUCCCGUCACUUGAAGAGUGCCUUCACGGUGUCUGUUCUGAUCGGAUAUCCCAAUGGGGGAUAGGCUGAUGACGGUGUAUUUCAUUCCUAACCUUUAACAUGGAAGUGUCU